AUGGCAUCCUCCGAAGGCUCAGGAAAGUCGGGGACUCUGAGUCACUUUGAGUAUCAGGAGUGUCCCAAAGGCCUACAAGAAGGAGACACGACUAUUAUGCUCAGGGGGCUUGUGCGGAGCAUCAAUCUAGAUGGUUUCUUGAAGCUGCUUCGCAAUGUUACAAGCAACUACGAUCUUGUAUAUGUGCCGGUUGGAAAUAAACGCUCCACCAACUUGGGUCUCGCAUUUGUCAACUACAGCGAUCCCGAGGGGGCAAGGACCGCUUUUGAACAACUUUACCAGGCAAGAAGUCCACAUACUUUCCGAAUGGUAAAGAGGGCAUAUGUGCAGGGUCUAGGUCCUAACCUUGCCUUUGUGCUCGCAUCUGGGGACGCUCCGCUCGUACAUAAGCAUGGAAUAGCAGUCUUCCAGGGCGGCCACCGAGUCAAGGAUGUUUCAAGUUUGGUCAUGCGGAAUGUGACUGAUGAUAUGCUGGCAGAAGCGCAGGUUUUGAUGACGCGCAUACAGACUGAGCAGAAGGAUCAGAAGGAUCAGCGCUCUACCUCUAACUCUAGCGACCGCGAAAGUAGCGCAUUGUCGGGGGGUGACGUUAUUGAAUGUCAAUCGAGUACUUCAGGCUCUUCCGGGCGGGCGACCUGGUUCGCCGAUAGGGCUUCUUCGGCCACGGCGAAUGAUCCCAUCGGCCACGGCAUGGUGGUAAAUAGCAGAAACAGCUUCUCCCACGGCAGCAGCGGUUACUCUGGCCUUGAGGAGGAGUUCCUUGGGAGGCAAAGCACGCGGCAAAGCACGCGGCAAGGCACGCGGCAAGGCGCCGUUGGCGCCGUUGGCGCUGUUGGCGCUGUUGGCGCCGUUGGCCAAGGCAUCCCAAACAGCCCCAUUCCAGGCAUCCCCGGCGCCUGGUAUUGGCAGCACGACGUGCCUGGAUACCGUGGAAGGGAAGAAGCACCAUCGCCAAUCCCACUUUCGGAUCAAUUGAAUCAAUACCGCUUUCACUUGGCCUGGGAGGCAUCUGCAGAAUUUCAACCACCACAACAAGCGCUGCCCAGGCAAGAAAAUCCCAGUCUUGGACCCUACCAAAGGCUUGUCUUUGAUUUGUAG